AGCAACCUCUUUUAGAUGUAACACACGAGGCAGCAUCGGCGCAUCCUGCCGUGUCUGAUCACGUUCGAAUAACGCGCCUGCACAUUGAGGCACGGAAGAGUCUAGAAACAAACUGCACGUGACGCACGCGGCUUAAGAAUACCUACGGCGUCGUUUGUACAAAACGCGUAGAACGCGGUCAAGUCGCACUCGGUGAUCAUGGCCAAGCAUUUCGUGACGUUAUUGUGGGUGUCGGCGGUGUUGACCGCGACCCUGGCGUUGCCGACCAGCGACAAGGCCAGCGGAAGUGAGAAUGACUUGGUGGCGAGCAUAUACACCGAUUGCCUGAAGAAGGAAUCUAUUAGCUGCAUCAAGUACAAAGUAUUCACGUUCGUCGACAAGAUGCUGGCUGACAAAGAGGACAUCACGCUGUCCGAGGGCAUCACCGUCGUCAAGACGUCCAGCGCCGAGGGCGAGGGUGCGCCAAGAUCUAUCGAAUCCAGCGAUUUGGAUACUCUAUUGUUCGAUCGUCUUGGAAGAUUCCUGAGGACGCACUCGGUUAAAGUUGAUCUCAAAGGUAGCGACAUUUUGGGAGCAAUCGAGUCCGCUGGACGCAGUUUCGAGGACUUUAGCGAUAAUGCGGUCGAGAGCCGUGGGAAAAAGAAGAAGGCGCAGAAGAUCUUAGGGCCCUUGAUGAUGGCCAUGGCUUUGAAAGCGGCCGCUUUAUUGCCGUUGGCGCUCGGCGCGAUUGCCAUGAUUGCCGGCAAGGCUCUGCUCGUGGGUAAAAUCGCCCUCGUGAUCUCGGCCAUCAUUGGACUGAAGAAGCUUCUCGGUUCUCACCAGAAGCACGUGACCUACGAGGUGGUCUCGCAUCCGCAUCACAGCAGCAGCCACGUUAGUCACGAUGACCACGGCGGUUACGGAGGCGGUGACUUCGGCGGCGGCGGCGGCGGUGGUUACGGCAGCAGUGGACACGGAUGGGCUAGAAGUCUGCCGCAGGACGCCCACGAGAUUGCCUAUCGCGCCCACCAACCCCAACCACAAGUUUAAUCAUCACACCAUAGAAAGUUCUCGUCCCGCCUUUCGCCUCUCUCGUUCUUCGUUUUCUUCCGACGUUUUCUCUUCCCUUUCAUUACACUCACGCCUGCUUCGCUCGCCGCGUUCCUCGUUUUACCUCUUUCCUUUUUCCUUUCUUACCUAAGCUGCUGCUAAUGUAUAAUACCUAGUCUCUGUCUCUCCCUCUCUAGGAAAAUAUGCCGCUAUCUACAGCACCUGACGUUCGAUAUAUCCUCAGCUUCUAAAACCUUCUCCAAACUGUUCAUCCCCUCUCUUAUGCUUGUACACGAUCUCUUAUAUUCUAAUUCCUCUCUUCUCCUUUCCUAUUUUCUUUCUUCCCUUUUUUUUUUUUAUUUAUCCUACAUAAUGGCCGAUUCAUCUCACGGUCAGUCACCAGUACCUCUGGGAGAUGCUCAUUGUUUUAUAUACGUAGAUUUACGUGAGUUCGUUAUUUAUUCGUUGUAUCUUAUAUGAUUAAUAUUUAUUUAAUGUUUGACUGCGUGCUUCCAUUAUGACACCUCCUGUUUUUAUAAUAAAAAAAAAAAGAACGACGAA